GUCGUCGUCGCCGUCGUCAAUGCCGUCGUCGCGUAAUGUUGCCAUCACGUUUACCAUAUCAAGUGUUGUAAAUUUGAAAAUGUUUCUUUAUGUUGUGUUAAUUUUAACCAAUUGUCUGUCAUGGAGGGGCGCGGUUGCCCACGGCUCCGCCAUAGCCGCCCUUAGCCAUGGCGAUAUGCCAUUGGUGAAGAGCAGCUCACUAGUUGGAGAUAUAUUUGUGGAUACAGCUGCACAUGAGACUAAUGCUGGCAGCAGCGGCAGUAGCAGCAGCGAAGGAAAUGGUAUUGCCGCUACUUCUGCUAGCAAUAUAAAUCAGCCUGCUGCCGCCACUGUCAAUAAGGAUAGCAAUACUAACAACAACAGCAACAACAAUAAUAAAGAGGCUCCAUCUGCCUCCAUGCCAACUGGUAGUGCCAGUUCUCGUUUCAAUGUGGAUUUACGCGGCGCGACAAGUGUCAGUUCAACAGGGGCCAUACAAUCGCCGACCACAUUUAUUGGUGGUGAUCCAUUGCAUCAGCUGCAGCAUUAUGGUGGAUUGCGUAGGAAGCCGCUAUCGUUAACAGCCACCAAAUCGGCGUUUGAAGAAAAAAAAACUUGUCCACCAUCCUAUUACACAUGCAACGAUGGCAAAUGCAUACCAAUGCGCUGGAAAUGUGAUUCUAAACCAGAUUGUGAUGAUGGUUCCGAUGAAGCUGUGGGAUGUGCCAAUGCCUCCAAAUGCAAUGAUGGUCAAUUCCAAUGUGCCAACAGCCACAAAUGUAUACCCAAUAAUUGGGUAUGUGAUGGCGAAUUCGAUUGUGGCACCCUGGAUGCAUCCGAUGAAAUAAAUUGCCGUUCGGAUGCUUUAAAGUGCCGUUCAUAUCAAAGAGAAUGCAACAAUGGCAUUUGUCUGGACAUAUCCAAAUUCUGUGAUGGCCAUUGGGAUUGUGAUAACGAUGAAGUUAAAUGUGAUAAACAAGAUGCCGAAUGCGCCACGUUAAAUUGUUCAUUCAACUGCAAGCUAACACCCCAGGGACCAACAUGUUACUGUGCACCAGGACAGGUGCCAGUCAAUGUUACGCAAUGCACGGACUUCGAUGAAUGCUCCAUUGAGGGUACAUGUGAUCAGCAGUGUCAUAAUACGCCUGGCUCCUACGAGUGCUCGUGUUCAGCGGGAUAUGCGAAACAAAGGAAUCGCUGUUAUGCCAUUAAUGUUCCCAAAGAUGAACCAGCUUCAUUGGUUUUCAUCACACAAACGGAUGUUCGUCGCAUUAAUCCAAAUAAUGGUUCGAUUUUGGCUCAAUUCAAUCAUGGCGAAAUAUCAGCCAUUGAAAUUUGGCAUCGUAAUCGAACAUUGUGUGCCAUGUUUUCAGGACCAUGGACAACGUUGGAUAUGAAAUGUUAUCGCAUAGAUGAUAUGAAUGUGUCAUGGUCGAUGCCAUUGCCGGAAUUAAUUACCAGUACGCAUUCAAUCGAUAAUUUACGUCUGGAUUGGAUAACUGGCAAUUGGUAUUUUUUGAGUAAUGAGCCUGGAUUAAUAUUUAUGUGCACCAAUACAAUGGAGUUUUGUAGCAUUAUAUUGAGAGAUGUGCAGAAUCCUUCAUCAAUGGUAUUGGAUCCCACGAAAGGUUUCAUUUUCUUCACCGAAUGGAGUCCAAGUCUGUCACGUGCCAGUUUGGAUGGCACGAAUCGUACACUGCUAGUGACCACACAGAUUUACUAUCCCAGCGGGGUGACGCUCGACUUGGCCAACGAACAUGUCUAUUGGCUGGAUAUCUACAAGGAUUUCAUAGAGCGAGUCGAUUACGAUGGACGCAAUCGUUGGGCCAGAAAAAAAUCCUCUGAUACUCGUUUGCCUUUAAAGGCUUUACACUCUGUUGAGGUCUUUGAAAACAACAUCUAUUUGGCAUUGUGGAGCGAUGCCAUGAUUGUUGGCAUGGAUAAAUUCUCGCUGAAAGUCAAACAGAUAGCGAACGAUGUUAAAAGACCAUAUGAUUUUCGAAUAUUUCAUCGCCAGAAACAACCAGAGGUGGCCCACCCCUGUCGUGUUAACAACGGCAUGUGCAAUCAAAUCUGUGUACCUAUGUGGACGAACGGUUUCGCACAAGCCUCUUGCAUGUGCUCACAUGGCUAUAAAUUACGCAACACCACAGAAUGUGAACUUGUGCGACACGAUAAAUUCCUAAUACUGGCUCGACAACGUUUGGCCAGCAUUGAGGGCAUUCCACUAAAUCCACAGGAGCGACUGGCCGCAGCCAUGGUGCCCAUCUACAAUGUCACAUGGAUUAUGCCAGUGGACAUAAAUGUCCAUCGAAAGCUGGUUUACUAUGUGCAACAGCAAAAGCAUGGCUACAGUAUGUACAGCAAAUCCAUCGAUGGCUUGGAACGCAACUUAUUGGCAAAUGGUACCGAAGGUAUUUCGGUACUAGCCUAUGACUGGUUAACUGGCAACAUGUAUUGGGGUGGUGUGGAAUAUAUCUAUGUGGCUCCGGUAGUGAACAUGUCUAAGAUUGUGUCGCUGCCUAUGCGGAAUGAGGCAAUGAGCUUGGCUUUGGAUCCCACUGGCGGUUACAUGUUUUGGUCUCAUUGGACUUCUAAUACAAAAAAAGCUUCAAUAUAUCAGGCUUGGUUGGAUGGCUCUCAUCGACAAAUGUUGAUUGAAUCUAAAGAUGAUAAACCCAUGAUGUGGCCCUUGAGUUUGAGUGUGGAUGUACAGCAUAAGAAAGUGUAUUGGUGUGAUGUCAAGGAAAGUACCAUUGAACGCAUGAAUUUUGAUGGCAGUGAUCGUGAAAUGAUUUUCAAGGAUACACAAUAUCAUCCGAUUUCUAUAACCUAUCACAAGGCUACCAUUUACUGGGUGGACAAUAAAAAUGGCACUGUGAAACUAUUUUCCACUCACCAUUUGAAUGGGACGAUUAAGAAAAACGAAGAUUCUCUGCUGUUUUCAUUCGAACGUGGUCGCACCUCAAAUCUUAAAGUAUUCGAUGUCAGCACACAACCGUCCUCGAUAAAUAAUGGCUGUGCCAAAACCAAAUGUCCCGGUAUUUGUUUCAAUACUCCCAAUCAAUCGAUAUGUCGAUGUCCCGAUAAAUAUUCCCUAAAUGGCACGGGAAGCCAAUGUAUCCCCCGUAUCCAGGAGCCAGAGGAGAAAGCAAAGAACUGUACCAAAGGAUUUCAAUGUCUAAAGUCCUCGCAAUGUGUGCAUGUCAAGGAUUUGUGUGAUGGCUUUGAUGAUUGCGAUGAUGGUAGUGAUGAGAACAGUGACCCCGGUGGACCUUGUGAUCCCAAGAAUUGCGAUUUAAAGACACACUUCACCUGCAACAAUCGUUGCUAUCAACGUUCGCUGUUGUGCAGUUCCAUUAGCUAUUGUCUGGAUGGAACAGAUCAAUUGAAUUGUGAGACCAAUACCUGUAACUCGGAUGAGUUCACCUGUGCCAAGAGUGGCAAGUGCAUACAAAUGUCUUGGGUCAAUGAUGGUGUGGUGGACUGUGGGCCCGAUGAUUCAUCGGAUGAGUUUGGUGAUGAAAUGGUUGAUGACAAAUGUCCCGAAUUCGAAUGUCGCAAUGGAGUGUGUCGCUCGUUUGCGGAGAUAUGUGAUGGUGAGGAUCAGUGUGGUGACAAUUCCGAUGAGUCCUCCUGUGAACUGGAAUGUGGUCCCGGCGAGCAUUACUGCACUCCCAUUGGCUGUUACGAUGCCACACAUAUCUGUGAUGGCAUCAAUGAUUGCCUCGACUUUAGCGAUGAAAUGAAUUGCAAUGAUACCAAAUCCGAUCACCAUGUUAUCGAUUUGGGUGAAGCCCAUUUCUGUGGACCCUUUGAAUUUGGCUGUUCUGAUCCCUUUGAGUGCAUACCCCAUUUCUUACGCUGCGAUGGCAUUGCGCAUUGCUUCGACAAAUCCGAUGAGCUUAAUUGUACACAAAUUAAACAAUCACCUGCAGAUUUCAACGAGACCUUGAUAUGUGAACCUCCAGAUCGCUUUUGUGCUGAAUCCAAUAAAUGCAUAUCGGUGAAUCAAUUAUGCGAUGGCAAUAUUGACUGUGAAGAUGGCACCGAUGAGGGAUAUCUUUGUGCCCAUAAAAUGUGCGAUCGCCCAGAUCCCCAAUGCUCCCAUACCUGCCACAAUGCCCCCGAGGGCUUCUUUUGCUCUUGCCCCGCCCAUAUGUAUCUCUUACCCAAUGGCCGCAGGUGCAGCAUGCAGCAUGCCUGUGAACACUGGGACUCUUGCUCCCAGAUAUGUGUCUCCAUGGGCAAGGGUUACAAAUGCAAAUGUUUUGAGGGCUAUGACUUGGAAUUUGAUCGUUACACCUGCAAAAGUACUGCCGAGGAUGAUCCUUAUGUGAUAUUCACCAAUCGCCAGGAGAUACGAGGUCUGAACUUGAAAAAAUCCACCAUUAGCAAUUUUUAUACCUCGCUAAGGAACACCAUAGCCCUGGAUUUUCUGUACAACAAUGAUUCUAGCCAAAUCUUUUGGACCGAUGUCAUAGAUGACAAAAUCUAUAGAGGCCAAUUGAUGGGUGAAUCUUUGCACAAAGUGGAGGCGGUGGUACAUUCAGGACUUUCCACCACGGAGGGCUUGGCCGUUGAUUGGAUAGGCAUGAAUUUGUAUUGGAUAGACUCCAAUUUGGAUCAAAUCGAGGUGGCCAAAUUGAAUGGCAGUUUUCGACGCACUCUCAUAGCUGGUGACAUGGAAAGUCCUCGAGCCAUUGCCUUGGAUCCCCGAGAGGGUUUGCUUUUCUGGACCGAUUGGGAUGAUAAUUAUCCACGCAUUGAAAGAUGUUCUAUGGCGGGUAAACAUCGCCAGGCUAUAACCACCACUUCGCAAGUAUCGGCUGGCUGGCCCAAUGGCCUAUCAUUGGACUAUACCCAGAAGCGGGUUUAUUGGGUUGAUGCUAAAUCAGAUUCGAUUUAUACCGUUAAAUAUGAUGGUUCCGAUAUUCAUUUGGUCUUAAGAGAUCGCGAAAUUCUCUCACAUCCCUUUGCCAUCACUGUCUUUGAGAAUUAUGUCUAUUGGACAGAUUGGCGAACAGCUUCGGUGAUAAGGGCCAACAAAUGGAAUGGCACUGAUAUACAGGUCAUACAACGAACUCAAACUCAACCAUUUGGCAUACAAGUGUUGCAUUCAAGCCGCCAGCCUCAGGCAGAGAAUCCCUGUGGAGUGAAUAAUGGUGGAUGUUCACAUUUGUGCCUGUUGGAUGUCCGCAAGACCUAUCAAUGUGCCUGUCCCCAUGUCAUGCGUCUCGAUUCAGCUGAUAAUCGUACUUGUGUGGCCAAUGAACAGGUGCUACUCUUCAUAAUGGGAGAUGAAAUACGAGGCAUUGAUUUAAUGCAACCCAAUCAUCAUACUAUACCAACCAUAAGGCAAUCUCCACAGGUUCUAGCUCCACAACGCAUUGAUUUCACCGUAGAAGAUAGCCGCCUCUAUUGGUCCGAUGUUCAAUUGAAUGAAAUCAAAACCGCGGGCAUUUCGAAUGGCAUUAUCGAUACCAUUAUCAAUACCGAUAUCCACAAUCCGGCAGGCUUUGCCAUAGAUUGGAUAGCAAAGAAUAUGUAUUUCUCAACGGGUAAAUUUAAGAGCGAUAUAUGGGCCAGUAACCUGAAGGGUGAAUAUGUUACGGAGGUCUUGAAGGAUCUGGAUAUGGUGGAGAGUAUUGCCUUGGAUCCUGUAAAUGGCAAGCUUUAUUGGAUUUCUUCGGCUCGCAACUCCCAAGCCAGCAAAAUAGAGCAAAGUAACCUGGAUGGCAGCGAGAGAAGUGUCAUUGUGGAUUACAACACCACACUGGCAUCCCUAACCAUGGACUUUGAUUCGAAGCGCUUGUAUUUUGUCUACAACAAUUCUGGAUUCUCCUAUUAUGAUAUUGCCUCGCGUAAACUGCAAACUGUGCUACCACCCAGUGCGGUGAUGACCAUCAGUGCCGUUACCAUAUAUAACGGCACCUUGUUUUUCCCCGAGAACAUACAGGGAGUCAUUAUGUCCUGCGACAAGGAAAUGUGUGCCGAAUACUCGAUUUUGAGAAAGAAUACCAAGAAAACACAAUAUCUAAAAAUGUUCUAUGCCGAAGCCCAGCAGGGUGCCAACACCUGUGCCGGGCCUCUAAAGGGCGGCUGCGAACAUUUGUGUUUUGCCACCUCGAAUAGGGAUCAUAGUUGUGGCUGUGCCAUAGGCUAUCAUCAGGAUCCCACAAAUCCCACCAAAUGUUUGGGCGUGGAUGAGUUUCUCUUCUACACCAAUCAUGAAUUGAAGGGCAUUGAAAUUUAUGAUCCCAGCAAACCUCUGGAAGAGCAGAGACAAAAAAUGGCUUUGGGACCCAUAUCUCGCAUCUCUUUGGCUUCCUUCAUCGACUAUCAUGCCGCCCAAGACUAUCUCUAUUGGGGCGAUAAUGAUAGUGGCACCAUAUCACGCAUCAAGCGUGAUGGCACCCAGCGACAGGUCAUUAUUCAAUCGCCCGAAUGGAUGGAUCACAAGCAAAUGGAUUGGUUGGGUGGCAUUGCCGUGGAUUGGGUGGCCGAGAACAUUUACAUCAGCGAUGUUAAACGCAAUGUCAUUGAAGUGGCCCGUCUGAAUGGUUCCCAUCGUCAUGUGGUGGUCCCCAAUGUCAAGAGGCCUAGCGCUUUGGCUAUAGACCCGGUGCAAGGUUUGCUUUUUUAUGUGGCAGAAGGCAUUAUAGGCCGCACUGGAUUAGAUGGCUCUCAGCCCUUUGUUUUAGUGAAUCAUGAUAAAAUUGUUACCAGUCUGGUUUUGGAUAUCGAUGCCACCAAGGUGUACUGGUGUGAGGCUCCCAAGAACUCGCUGGUACAACCCUCCAUUAUGAAGGUGGACUAUGAUGGUAAUGUUAAGGAGGUUCUGCUCAAUCAUAGCUUGGAAUAUCCCACGGCAGUGGGCAAGUUGGAUGAUUACAUAUACUGGAGUGAUAACAACUACAACAAGGGCACCUUCAAAGUGGCCCUUAUGUCUAACCUCAGCAACUACGAGGAACUGAAACGUUUUGAGGGUAACUCUGUAAAGGAUAUGAAAAUUUAUUCCAGGCGUCUGCAAAAGGGCACCAAUCAAUGUGCCGAGAAUAAUGGUGGCUGUCAGGAAUUGUGUUUGUACAAUGGCACCACAGCCAUAUGUGCCUGUACCCAUAGCCGUGUUGCAGCAGAUGGUGUCUCGUGUGAACCCUAUGACAGUUUUUUGCUCUUCUCCUACCGCAGCACCAUUGAAAGUGUUCAUCUAACCGACCAUACCAACAAAAAUGGCCCCGUAAGAUCCAUCAGAAAUACCACCAUGAUGCUAAAUGUCAUUGCCCUGACUUUUGACUAUGAGAACAGUGUGCUCUUCUACUCGGAUGUGGUGCUGAGUACCAUAAAUUCGGUGAAUUUCAAUGGCUCCAACAACAGAGUUUUGGUUACCCAGCAAGGCCGAGUUGAGGGUCUGGCCUUUGACAUUGUCAAUGAAAUGCUCUUCUGGACCUCGAACAAUGAUGCCUCCAUUUGUAGUUUGGACCUGCACUAUAUCAGCGACAAUGCGGACAACAAUACCCAGCUGGUGAGCCGCAUUAGGGUGUUGAAUAGCAAGGAUAAGCCUCGAGGCAUAGCUGUUGAGCCCUGCCUGGGUAUGAUCUACUGGACAAAUUGGAAUGAGGAGAGCCCCUCUAUACAGCGCGCUUAUGUAACCGGCUUUGGUUUGGAGUCCAUAAUCAGAAGUGACAUAAAGAUGCCCAAUGCCAUUACCUUGGAUCUGGAGGAACAGAAAUUGUAUUGGGCCGAUGCUAGGAUAGACAAAAUCGAAAGGGCCAACUAUGAUGGCACCCAUCGUGUAGUGUUGGCCCACUCCUCCCCCAAGCAUCCCUUCUCCAUAGCCGUCUAUGGCGACCUGCUGUUCUGGUCCGAUUGGGUCCUGGGCGCCUUGGUGAGGGCGAACAAAUAUACCGGUGCCGAUAUGGUCUUUUUGAGGGAUCAUGUUGAGCGGCCCAUGGGUGUGGUCGCUGUACAGAACACCACCAUCAAUUGCGACUCGAAUCAAUGCAAAAUCCUAAAUGGUGGCUGUGAAGAUGUGUGCAUAUUGAGCAAAAACGGCACUGCCAGUUGCCAGUGUACUCGCGGCAUAUUGGCGCCCGAUGGCCGUCGCUGCAUUCAGCCCACCAACUCCAAAUGCGGCAAGGAUCAAUUCCCCUGCAGUUCGGGCGAAUGCAUACCCCUCCAUUUGACCUGUGAUAGUGUGCCCCACUGUCUGGAUGGCUCGGAUGAGUUCCGCAGUUAUUGCAUAAUUCGCGUGUGUCCCAGUGACUAUUUCAUGUGCAGCAAUCAUCGCUGCAUUCCCCAGGCCCAAACCUGCGAUGGUGUUCACCAGUGUGGCGAUGGUUCCGAUGAGUCGGAACUCAUCUGUAAAUGUGAGUCUGAGAAGUUCCGCUGUGGCAGUGGCGAAUGCAUAUCCCAGCAAUAUGUAUGUGACCAUGUGCGCGAUUGCAAGGAUUUCAGUGAUGAGAAGAAUUGUCCUGCCUCCGAGUGCCCUGCAGGAGAUGCCAUCUAUGAACAUUGCCCCAACUCGACUGCCUGCAUUAUGCCAGUGUGGCGCUGUGAUGGCGACAAUGACUGUCCCGAUGGCAGUGAUGAGCUCAACUGUGAUAAUGUCAGCAAGGUGGCCUGUGGUCCCGGCCAAUUCCGUUGCUCCAAUGGGCGUUGCAUCAAUGAGAAAUGGCGCUGUGAUGGUGAAAAUGACUGCAAAGAUUCGGUGGCUGGAAACUUCAGCUCCGACGAAGUGGACUGCAAGCUGCAGUGCAAGCCCAAUGAGUUCCGUUGCGAUAACAACUGCAUACCAGCCAGUUGGCAAUGUGAUGCCAAGACCGAUUGCGAAGAUGGCUCCGAUGAGGGGGCUCAAUGUCCCAACCGCGUCUGCCGGCCCCAUUUGUUUCAGUGUAAAUCGUCGGGACGUUGCAUUCCCCAGAAGUGGGUGUGCGAUGGCGAACAAGAUUGUCCGGCCCCCGGAGCCGAAGAUGAAGGCGAUCAUUGUGCUGUGGCCUCGGUACCCCACAUACCCGACUGCGUGGCUCCCUCUUUCUUGUGCACCAAUGGCCUGUGCCUGGACCGCCAUGCUGUCUGUGAUGGGGAUCAUGACUGUCCCAAUGGUGAAGACGAAUACGAGGAUUGUGUACCCUUCAACUUCACCCAAAUUUGCAUGGAAGAUCUGGAAUUCCAGUGUCACAAUUUGGAGUGCAUUAGCAAAAACCUCACCUGUAACUCCAGGGCAGAUUGCUCGGAUGCCUCCGAUGAAUCGGUGGAACUGUGUGGCGAAUCCACCAUGACCUGCGGCCAUGGUCAAUACCAGUGCAAGAAUGGGGCUUGUGUCUCUGAAGAAUUCCUUUGCGAUGGACGCAACGACUGCGGCGACUUUUCCGAUGAGUCCUUGUGCAAUGUCAACGAGUGUCUUAACUCGGAUAUCUGUGAGCACACUUGCAAGGACAAGAAGAUAGGCUAUGAAUGCCAAUGUCGUCCUGGCUUUAAGCUGCAUGCGCACAAUCACCAUCUUUGUGAUGACAUUGAUGAAUGUAAUGGCCCUCAUCGCUGUACCCAGAUAUGUGCCAACACCUAUGGCUCCUACAAAUGCCUAUGCAUGAAAGGCUAUGAGCUGAAGGACGAUCAUCACACCUGCAAGGCCACCAAUAAUGAGACUGCUAAACUGAUAUUCUCCAAUCGCUACUACAUACGCCAGGUGGACAUGCGUGGCAAUGGGUCCAUACUCAUACAUCAGUUGUCCAACGCGGUGGCCUUGGACUUCGAAUGGUCCUCCAAGUGUCUGUUCUGGUCCGAUGUCACCUCUACGGUGGGCAUGAUAAAACGUUUUUGUCCAGUGGAGAAUAAGACCACCACUCUGCAUCAGGCCAUGUUGAAAAAUCCCGAUGGCUUGGCAGUGGACUGGGUGGCCAAGAAUCUGUAUUGGUGUGACAAGGGUCUGGAUACCAUAGAGGUAUCGAAAUUGGAUGGCAAAUAUAGGAAAGUGUUGAUAAACGAACACUUGCGGGAGCCCAGAGGAGUGGCCUUGGAUCCCUUCAAUCGCAAUUUGUAUUGGUCCGAUUGGGGUGAUGAUCCCCACAUAGGCAAGGCCGGCAUGGAUGGCUCCAAUCCCCGCGUAAUCAUACGCGACAAUAUGGGCUGGCCUAAUGCCUUGACGCUAUCCUUUGAAAGCAAUCAGCUGUACUGGGGAGAUGCACGUGAAGAUACCAUCUCUGUGUCCGAUUUGGAUGGCAACAACAUUCGGGUAUUAAUGGCCCGCAAGCUGAACCCUCACCUGAAUUUGCAUCACAUCUUUGCCAUAGCCGUCUGGGAGGAUAAGAUCUAUUGGUCCGAUUGGGAAAUGAAAUCCAUUGAGUAUUGCAACAAAUUCACAGGGCAAAAUUGUUCCACCCUCAUUACCACCAUACACCGGCCCAUGGAUUUGAGAAUAUAUCAUCCCUAUCGCCAGCAACAGCCUCAUGGUGGUAAUCCUUGUGAAAAUGCUGAAUGUUCUACUCUGUGUCUGCUAUCGCCCGAGCCUCCCUUCUACAAGUGUGCCUGUCCCAAUAAUUUCAUACUCGAUGAUGACAAUAAGACCUGCAUUGCCAACUGUACGGCAGCCCACUUCCAAUGUUCGCAGACCUACAAGUGUAUACCGUUCUAUUGGAAAUGUGAUACCCAGGAUGAUUGUGGCGAUGGCAGUGAUGAGCCUGAGAAUUGUCCUCCCUUCCAUUGCGAACCGGGUCAAUAUCAAUGCAACAACAAGAAAUGCAUACACCCGGCUGCCAUCUGCAAUGGCAGCGAUCAGUGUGGCGAUAAUUCGGAUGAACAAAAUUGCGACAAAUUCACCUGCUUUGAGAAUCACAUGAAAUGUGAGGCCACCACCAAUACAACGGCCUUUUGCAUAGAGAACAGUCAGAAAUGUGAUGGCAUCAAGGAUUGUCCCAAUGGCGAGGAUGAGGUGGGAUGCACUCCUUUGAGUUGCAAAAAGGAUCAGUUCCAGUGCAGCAAUAACCGUUGUUUGCCUUUGGUCUGGGUUUGUGAUGGCGAUGCAGAUUGCCCGAAUAAAUCGGACGAAUUGAAUUGUGACAAAGUGACUUGUGAUCCCAGUGAUUUUCAAUGUAGUUCUGGCCGCUGUAUACCCAUGGCUUGGCGCUGUGACGGUGAGGAUGAUUGUCCCGGUGGUGAUGAUGAGCCUGCCACUUGUCGUUCCUCAAAGGAGGAAUGUGAUCCCACCUAUUUCAAGUGCAACAAUUCCAAGUGCAUACCCGGUAGAUGGCGCUGUGAUUAUGAAAAUGAUUGCGGCGAUGGCAGUGAUGAGCUGAAUUGUAAAAUGCGCAACUGUUCGGAAAGUGAAUUCCGUUGUGGCACCGGCAAGUGUUUGAAACAUGAUCAUCGCUGUGAUGGUGAAAUCCAUUGUGAUGAUAGCAGUGAUGAAUUGAAUUGCAACAUAACAUGCAAGGCGAAUCAAUUCAAAUGCGCCACCUUUAAUACCUGCAUUAACAAACAAUACCAAUGUGAUGGCGAUGAUGAUUGCCCCGAUGGCAGUGAUGAGUUCAAUUGCACCUGCCCCUCCGAUCAUUUCACCUGUACCAAUGGCAAAUGUAUUAUGGCUCGUUGGAAAUGUGAUGGCUGGGAUGAUUGCACCGAUGGCAGUGAUGAAAGUCUGGAGACCUGUGCCCAUGUUCAUUGCCAUGCUAAUGCCUUUAAAUGCUCCAAUCUCAAGUGUAUUCGCAAAUCGGCCCUCUGCGAUGGUGUCAAUGAUUGUGGCAACAAUGAAGAUGAAGCCGAUGAGGUUUGUGCUGCCCUGCCCAAAUGUCGCCAUGACCAAUUUCAAUGCGAAAAUGAAGAUUGCAUUUCGAAAAUAUUCCGCUGUGAUGGUCAAUACAAUUGCAUAGAUGGUUCGGAUGAAAUGAAUUGCCAGCCACCGGUGUGUGGUUUUGGCACCUGCUCCCAGAUAUGCAUUGAGAAGAAAGCGGGUCAUUACAAUUGCAAGUGUACGGAGGGAUAUUUUAAGGGAUCGGCGAAAAAUGAUACAUGCUUGGCAUCGGGUCCUGAUCAAGUUCUUUUAUUGGCUUCCGAGCAAGAAUUCCGUUUUAUAUUACCCGCCAAGCAGGAGGGCACCACCAUGGUGGGUUUCUUCCAUACCGAUAUCUUGAAAAUAGAUGUCUUUGAUAUACUGAUCCGAGCAAAGGAUACACUACUCUUCUGGAUAGAUUCGCAUCAUGGCAAAGUGCAUACCAUGAAGAUAGCCAUACCACAAACAGAGGCCAUAGCUGUGAGGGUAAGAAGAGAUCUCAAGGAACUUAAGGCAUUCGAUAUUCCCAUGCUGGAUGAUCCCAAAUCCUUGGCCUUGGAAUGGGUAACCCAAUCGGUUUAUAUAAUUGACUCGCGUCACAAUGAGAUUAUAGUCACCGAUAUAGAUGGCAAGAAGUAUGCCUCGCUGGUCUCUACCGGCCUUAAUCCCACCGAUAUUGUGGUGGAACCCGAAUCUCGCAUUAUGAUAUGGUCUACUUUGGAAAAUGGCAUUCUAAUGGCUUCAUUGGAUGGUCAAAAUAAGAGAAGUUUGGUGGAGCGAGAUGUGGGCUGGCCCAUUAGCUUGGCCAUUGAUUAUCCCACCGGACGUUUGUAUUGGGCCGAUUAUCGGAAAGGCACUGUGGAGACAUGUCGUCUGAAUGGCAAGGAACGCAAUGUGGUGAGAAAGUUUUCGAAUAAAGAAAAACCUCAAAAGAUUGAUGUAUUCGAGGAUUAUUUAUACAUCAAGCUGUAUGAUCAAAGCAUUAUCAAGAUGAACAAGUUUGGCAAUGACAAUGGCACCUAUUUGCUUAAAGGUUAUAGAUCCUCGGAUAUAGGCAUCCUGCAUCCUCUCAAACAAAAUAGAAACAUCACUAAUCCCUGCUCUAAGGAACCCUGCAAACAAAUGGGAGCCAUGUGCCUUAUGACCACCGAAACCGAUAGCGGCUAUAGAUGUCGCUGUCCCAAUGACUUCCAUUUGGUAGAAGGCAAAUGUGUAGCUCAGGCCACCAUCAUCGAUUACUGUCCCUUGAAAUGCAAUCUGGGCACUUGUAGGGUCAUCAAUCAUGUGCCAAAAUGUAUUUGCCAACCCCAAUUUGAAGGAGAAUUCUGUGAACAUUAUCGUUGUUCAAAUUACUGCAUGAACUAUGGUCUGUGUGUUAUAGCACCCCAAAUUCCUGGAUCCUCAGAGUUGCCACCAUUGAAAUGUAGCUGCACGCCCGGUUGGUCAGGGCCACGGUGUGAGACUUCAGUGUCGGACUGCCAGAGUCGUUGUCACAAUGGUGGCUCAUGUCUGAUUGAAGAGGAUGUCAUGAAAUGCACCUGCCCCUCCAUGUAUGUGGGACCCCAGUGUGAACAUUGUGUGAAUUUAACCUGCACCAAUGGAGGGAUAUGUCGAGAGACCCUGACAGGCACCACACAAUGUGAAUGUCCCGAUGGCUACACCGGUAAACGCUGCGAGGUUGAUGUUUGCUCUGGUUUUUGUAAAAAUGGUGGCAAAUGCAUUGUUGGCUCCAAAGGAGGACCCCAGUGUCAGUGUCCAAAGGGUUACUAUGGGAAGAAAUGUGAAUCAGAUUCCUGCGCAAAUUAUUGUCUAAAUGGUGGUAUAUGCAACGAAAAAGCGGAUAUACUAAUGUGCAUCUGCAUGGAACGUUACAUAGGGGAACGUUGUGAAACGGAUCUGUGUAAAACAUCAAAUCCACCACAAUAUUGCGAUCCCUCCGAGCUGCCGCAACGCAAUCCCUGUACCGGUCUUAUAUGUCAGAAUGGCGGCACUUGUCAUGUCAUCAAAGGUGUGGCCAUGUGCAAUUGUUCCGAUCAAUGGAAUGGCGAAUUCUGUGAACGUCCCGUUUCCGAUGAUAAUCCCUGCAUAAACUAUUGCCAUAAUAAUGGUGUCUGCCAUUUGGAUCCCUAUCAAAUACCCCAGUGCACCUGCAUAGGCGAAUGGGAGGGCAGUGAUUGUAAUAUACCACCUCCCUGUGUGGGAAGCUGUGGCGUUUGCCAGACGGGUAGCUCUAUAAAUGAGUGCAAAUGUGAGGAUGGUCUAUUCACCACUUGUUUGGCAGACAGUGCCAAUGCUUUGCGUAGUGAGACCGAACAUUCUGCCAAUGUUAUGUCAAUUUUAGCCAUCAUUUUGGCUAUAGCUAUUUUAGUGUUGGCACUGUUCGGCGCUGGUCUAUACUUUUUGAAGAAACAUCGCAUUUCUCAACCAUUUUCGCAUGCACGUUUAACAGAAAAUGUCGAAAUAAUGCUCACAAAUCCCAUGUAUCGAGGAGAUGCAGAUGAGACGCCCGCCUUUGUACAUGAAGAUGAUAAGGGCAACUUUGCAAAUCCCGUCUACGAGUCGAUGUAUGCCGAUGCCAUAGUCGAACCUGCAGUGGUACCGGAAAAUGUUUUGGCGCCGGAUGAGCGCAAAGGACUGCUGCAACACUCACAUGAUGACAACAAUACACCGGAUAUUCUCUGAUGAUUGACAACAAAUGAGGUUUACUAAAUUGAAACUUUUUGAUUUACAAAACCACGACGAUUUAACAAACAAAAAGAAUUUAAGCCAUAAUUUAUAGUCAUAUAUAAGAUAUACGAUAUAUAGCAUAUAAAAACAGAAAGCUAUAAACAUAACAUCACAAUCUAUUAACACAACAAAUUGUAAAUUUUUAACGAAAUCACUCUCCUCUAAAGCAAAAAAUUUAGUUUAAGACAAAAAGCAAACAAACCCCUUCACUAAAGCUAACAAAAUCAGAAAAAAAAACAAAAAAAAAACUUGAUUAUCUAAAUCACACACUCAACUCAAUUAAUGCAUUAACAAAGAAAACGAAAGCAUUUCUUUAGAAUAUUAACUAACGAACAAAACCGAAAACAGAACAAAAAAAAACCUAAGAGAUUUUUUUAAAAACGAUAUUGUUUUCAUUUUUUCAAAUUAACGCAACAAAUAACAAAAAAAUGGACUGAUAGUUUAGUCAUUUCUAAAAAAGAGAAACAAACAAAACUAAAACAAAUUAAAAAAUUAAAAAAAAACUAACUUCUAUACCUAAUUGCAAACCUAUGUAGCCAUGUGCAUGUGUAAUAUUUUCAUAUACUGUGUUUUUUUUAUAAAUAUUAACUAUUAUUUUUAAUUAUUUUAUAUAUAAAUAUGUUUUUAUAUAAAUGAGAUGGUAAAGAAGAAAGCUUUUUAGGACCGUUUUCACAGUGAUUUGUUAAGGGCGAUAGCAGGUUUAAGAAAUUAUAAUUUUUAUAAUUGGUAAAAAAAUCUUAAAGCCUAUACACCAAGUAAUUUGUUAGUCAACAUGGCCUAAAUGUUAACAUAAGCCAUAGAAAAUGCUCUAAAAUAAGUUUCAACAACAAAUCCUCUGUGCUGAAGAAUUUUGUAAAGAAAAAAGUUUGCUAUUUUAACAAAAAUUUGUUUUCCUUGUUAACCGAAACUUUUACUAUGUCAACAUUUUAGUUUGUUCUUGUAGCCAUCAUUGUUUGCUUUUUCAGAUGUCAUGCUCUUGGAUAACAACAACAUAUUGAUUUAAAA